AUGACGCACCGCUUCGACCCCAGCUUCACAGACAAUGUCAUCAACGCGAUGGGUCCUAAGACCAAUCCGCGCAUGCGCCAGCUCAUGGCCGGUCUAAUCAGGCACAUGCACGACUUUGCACGCGAGGAGGAGCUCACCGUCGAUGAGUGGAUGGCCGGUGUGAAGAUGCUCAACUGGGCAGGACAGAUGAGCGACGACAAGCGGAACGAGGGACAGCUGGUGUGCGAUGUAUUUGGAUUGGAAUCCCUCGUCGACGAAAUCACCUUCACUCUCGCUGGCGAAGCGCAGGAUGCGCCCACAGCCACAGCCAUCCUGGGCCCGUUCUUCCGCGCCGAUACCCCGUACCGCGAGAACGGCGAGGAUAUCGUGAAGAAUAAACCCGCUGAUGGCGAGAUGGCAUUCAUGCACGGCCGCGUUGUUGACUUCCAGACCAAGCUGCCUCUUGUCGGCGCGACGGUCGAGGUGUGGCAGGCUUCCACGAACGGGUUGUACGAGCAGCAGGAUCCUGAGCAGGUUGAGUUCAACCUGCGCGGCAAGUUUAAGACGGACGAGGAUGGCAGAUACUCGUUUUAUUGCCUGCGCCCGACGCCGUAUCCCGUACCUAAUGAUGGUCCUGCUGGCAAACUUCUUGAGCUGAUGGAUCGUCACCCUUUCCGCCCUGCCCACAUUCACAUUAUUGCUACCUAUGAUAACUACCGUCCUUUGACAACGCAGAUCUUCGACCGCAAGGAUCAGUACCUUGAUAAUGACUCGGUGUUUGCUGUUAAAGAUUCGCUUAUUGUGGAUUUCGUGCCACGCGAGAAUGAUCCUAACGCUGCUCUUGAGCUCAAUUAUGAUGUCAAGUUGGUGAAGUUCGAGACUGGUACCGAUAGCGCAUGA